AUGGCGGCAGCAGUCCUGAUAGAGGAGGGAGCAGAUUCAGGUGGGAAGCUGCUGAAAAGGCAAGUUGUGGAGAGUCCAUACCGUCAUAAGAAGCCCUGCCUCUACAACACAUUCAAAUUCCUGCUCCUGCUCAGUACAGCGAUCAUCAUCCUAACCUGCACCCUGUCCAGUAAUUCUCAGUCAUGGUGGGAGAGUAUUGCUGAGCAAAAGCAUGGGUUUGUCACUGGGUUGCCACUCUUCACUCCACCUCCUUCUUAUCAUGACCAAACAAGCCAGAGAAUUAAUAAUGAAACAAAAUGGAAUGAAAUCCAUACAACAACUGUAAAUCCAUACCACUUGGCUUAUCCACGCAACUACCACUUUAUCAUGGACCACACAGAGGUAUGUAAGGCCAAAGCCCCUUUCCUGGUUCUGAUGGUUGCAGUGGCAACCUCUGACACAUCGGCUCGGGACGCCAUCCGGAGGACAUGGGGCAAUGAAACCCUAGUUCAAGGUGAGCUGGUCAAGACUCUCUUUUUGCUGGGUCUCCCUGGAGGAGAUGAUGCUGAGCAGAAGCAGCAGAAGCUCAGAGCGGAGAACUUGCUGUACAACGAUCUGAUCCAGAGCAACUUCAUGGACACUUACCUCAACCUGACCAUCAAAACCAUGGUGAUCAUGGACUGGCUGGCUACCCACUGUCCUGGGGCAGCCUACGCUAUGAAGAUUGAUGCUGACAUGUUCUUGAAUGUUGACAACCUGGUCAUCAUGCUGAAGAAACCUGGCAUCCCCAAGCAGAACUACCUGACAGGGAUGCUAAUGAGGAACAGGGAUGUGGUUCGCUUCAAGGACUCCAAGUGGUACGUUUCAGAGGAGCUUUUUCCGGAUCCUGUCUACCCAACUUAUGCCCUAGGAAUGGGAUAUGUAUUCUCCAAUGAUCUUACAGAGAAAUUUGUGCAGGCUUCAAAGGCUAUCAAGCCUUUUAAUAUAGAGGAUGCCUAUAUUGGCAUGUGCAUGAAAAACCUAGGACUUGCGCCCAUGUCACCUCCAGAUCCCUCCCAGUUCAAGGCCUAUAACACAAGAUAUAAUCGCUGUGAGUUCUCUCAAGUGAUCACCUACAUUCUUGGCUCUUCACAACAGUUGGUGAAAUACUGGACAGACUUUAAGAAGCCUGGCUCACCUUGUUAAUGCAAGGAUU